AAUUAAGGGGUAAAAACUAAAAAGGCAAUCCAUAGUUGAUGUGGUCUUAUGAGUUGUCUUGGCAACAUGGGAAAGGAUCUUCCAGAAUCUGAAUUGGGCAUAUCCGGGAAAGAGUGGCAGAAUGAGUGGAAGGUUAGGUUGAUUGUGAAGACAAAUGCAAAAUGACGAUCGUGGGCAAAUAAGUAAUGCAUCAUUAGUGGAGUAGAAUAGUAGGUGACGGCGAGGCGGAGAGAUAUGGAUGCCCUGCAAAUAGGAUUUCGUGAUGCUGUUGCAAGCCUUGCUUAUGCAUUCGAAGUUUCGAUUUCCCCAUCUAUUGCCUCGAAAUCCAGCAGUGCCCGAGCUGCCUUUCAAUGGGGUGGAACCAUCUUCGACUUGUUUUUGUUGAUCUUGAAUCGAUUUGGACAGGACUCGCGCACACAAAGUACCCUUCUAGUGUUAUAUCUCUUUAUAAGCCUACCAGAAGUACUAUUCAAAAUUUUAAGGGAACAAUUUGGCUGCUGGGUUGCUUUCCUUGCAAUUGUAGCAAACAUGUUUUUCCCUCACACUUUUCCAGUUCCAGUUUCGCGUUUUCUGCUAUUUGUGAUAGCUCCAAAUUGGAUUGCUCAUGGACUAAGAAAUAGCAUGGUGGGUGGAGUUUUUUGUCUAGCAAUAGGCAUAUCAACUGUCAUAGUUGAGAUUCGUGGGAAUGGGGGAUUCCGAAACUGCAGCUGUAAUUUCCGCUGCUUCGCCUAUUAUCUUUGUAUAGUAUUUCUUUUCUUCUUCACUAUAUUGUACCUGUGCUUAGGAAGUUGGCAGAUAACAAGCAUCCCUUGGAGGUAGUGUAAGCAUGGCUUGACACAGCCCUUCCCUUUAAGAUUGCAAGUAUGUUUCUUGAGGACGGCCGGACAGAGGUGUGGUGCAUGGAGGUGUUGAUAUGGGGUCAAAGUCUUGAAGGAAAAAAAUAAUUUUGAUGGGGGAUCAUACUCGUACUCAUGUGAGACUUCGUGGGGAAGUUAAAGUUUCAGUCGGAUUCAAGCUAAUGGAGGCCGCCAGCACAAUUGCUUGAAGUCAAAAACUGGUGGCGCUUUGUCCGGGACAAAUUAGAUUCUUGUGAUACAUUCUACUCGGUCAUGUCCAUUGUGUCAAUGACAUUCAUCAUUCAUUCAUGAAUUUAUCUGUACCCAUUGAGUAUUGUUGAAAACAAUCCAUAAUGGACAUACAUGGUUGAAGGUUUCUCCUCCUAGUUUUCUA